UAUUUCUUUAGCACAAUAUCCUUCACCUCUCUCUCUCUCUCUCUCUCUCUCUCUCUGAACUUUCCUCUCUUUCUCUCUCUAAACAUGAGAGCACAAAGAACUCUUGAAAUGUUGAGAAAAGUCAUAUAAUCAAAGCAAAAGAGGUAGCUUAAACAGCUGAUGACUUGCACUGCAAUGGCCUUCUUCUCCACCAAUUUCAUGUUACACUCCUCCCAAGAAGAUGAGCAUCAGCAUGCCCCUUCAUCUCUCUCUCCAAUCCUCCCACCUUGCAGUACCACUACUCAAGAUCUUAGUGGUGUGGCUUCAUUCUUGGGAAAAAGAUCUAUGUCUUACUCUGGCAUGAACAACAUGGAUGGAUGUGAUCAAGAAGGGAACAUGAAUAAUGGAGAAGAUGAGUUAUCAGAUGAUGGAUCUCAGCUUCUUGCAGGAGAGAAAAAGAGGAGAUUAAACAUGGAACAAGUGAAGACACUUGAGAGAAACUUUGAGUUGGGAAAUAAACUUGAACCUGAGAGAAAAAUGCAGCUUGCAAGAGCACUUGGACUUCAACCAAGACAGAUUGCCAUUUGGUUUCAAAACAGACGAGCUAGAUGGAAAACUAAACAGUUGGAAAAAGACUAUGAUGCCCUCAAGAAACAGUAUGAAGCUGUUAAAGCUGAGAAUGAGUCUCUCCAAUCUCAAAAUCAUAAACUUCAUGCUGAGAUAAUGGCACUUAAAAAUAGGGAGCCAGCAGAGCUAAUCAACCUCAACAUAAAAGAAACGGAAGGAUCUUGCAGCAACAGAAGUGAAAACAGCUCUGAAGUCAAGCUAGACAUCUCAAGAACACCGGCUAUCGAUAGCCCUCUAUCAUCACACCAUCAACACCAACAUCAGCAGCAGCCAAUCCCUAAUCUUUUUCCAUCAUCGAAUAUUGAGAGGCCCGAUUCGAAUAACCUUGUUGGUCAUCAACUCUUCCACAAUUCAUCAUCAAGGCCAGCUGACCAUCAACUCCAUUGCCAGAAACUUGAUCAAUCAAACACGAUUAAAGAAGAAUGUUUUAGCAACAUGUUUGUUGGUAUGGAAGAUCAUUCGGGGUUUUGGCCAUGGUUAGAACAACCACAAUUCAAUUGAUGAAAUGAUCAGGAAAUGAAAAGCAAAUGAAAACGGUACUCUGAUUCGCCUUCUAGGCUUUGGUUUGAUUAUAUUAAAGAUGGAGAUCAAUUUGUUUGUUCUCUAAGCUUUAAAUUCUUGUUUUGGCACUUAAAUUAAUAGAGUAAAGUUUAGAACAAAAAAGUAUUAUUAUUUUAAAUUCAAGAUUAGUGUUUGGAUAAUCCUUGUAUUCAAAGAAAUAAAAGGGUAUUGAUCGCCACCUGUUUUUGCUUUAUUUACCAA